GUCCAACAGAACCCCGUUUGAACACGUGGCCGCUUAAAAGACGGAUUUGCGCUCCCUCCGGAUGCGCGUCUUCCCUAAUUUUGAAUGACCUCUCCCGCUCCCUCCGCUCGCAGCGUCUCUCAGCCGGGCUGAAGUUGGAGCCGCUGUCCAUCUGCCGAGCUGACCGCGUUAACACCGCGGCCUUUCUCUUCUCCGCCUUACAGAUGCCGUCCUCAGCGCUUUGUCGCCAAAUGGAAAAGAAUGCUCGUCCGCUCGCUCCGUCAGAUCAUGUUGGUUUUGACAGUCUGCCAGAUCAACUGGUGAACAAGUCGACGAGCCAGGGCUUCUGUUUCAACAUCCUCUGUAUUGGAGAGACCGGUAUUGGAAAGUCCACACUAAUGGACACUCUGUUCAACACCAAUUUCGAGAACUCUGAGUCCUCCCACUUUGAGCCGCAGUUGAAGCUGAGAGCUCAGACGUAUGAUCUGCAAGAGAGCAGCGUCCGGUUGAAACUCACAGUGGUCAGCACCGUGGGCUUCGGAGACCAGAUGAACAAGCAGGAAAGCUAUCAGCACAUUGUGGAUUAUAUCAACACUCAGUUCGAGUCCCACCUGCAAGAGGAGCUAAAGAUAAAGCGCUCGCUUCAUAACUACCACGACUCCAGGGUCCACGCAUGCCUUUACUUCAUCGCUCCCUCUGGUCACUCCCUCAAAUCCCUGGACCUGGUGACCAUGAAGAACCUGGACAGUAAGGUGAACAUCAUUCCGGUCAUUGCUAAAGCAGACACCAUCUCCAAGAGCGAGCUCCACAAAUUGAAGAUCAAGAUCAUGAGCGAACUGGUCAGCAAUGGCAUCCAGGUCUACCAGUUUCCAGUCGACGAUGAGACUGUGGCAAAGAUCAACGCGAACAUGAAUGGUCACCUGCCCUUUGCUGUUGUCGGGAGCACAGACGAGGUGAACAUGGGCAAUAAAACGGUGAAGGCCCGUCAGUACCCCUGGGGCGUGGUGCAAGUGGAGAACGAGACUCACUGUGAUUUUGUGAAGCUGAGGGAAAUGCUGAUCAGUGUGAACAUGGAGGACCUGCGAGAACAAACACACACACGGCACUACGAGCUCUACAGACGCUGUAAGCUGGAGGAGAUGGGCUUUAAGGACAUGGACUCUGAGUCCAAACCAGUCAGUGUUCAGCAGACAUAUGAACUGAAGCGUCAGGAGUUUCUGGCUGAGCUGCAGAAGAGAGAAGAGGAGAUGAAGCAGAACUUCGUUCAGCGAGUGAAGGAGAAGGAGGCGGAGCUAAAAGAAGCUGAGAGAGAGCUGCACGUCAGGUAUGAGCAGCUGAAGCAGCUGCAUACGGAGGAGACGAGUGAGCUGGAGGAGAAGAGGAGGAUGCUGGAGGAGGAAAUGAGCUUCUUCAGCAAACGCAAAGCUGCUGCCGAACUGCUGAACUCUCAGUCGCUCAACAACAAAAAGGACAAAGACCGGAAGAACGCUGGAUUCUGGUGAAGAACCAAAAAAGGCCAUUUUAAUAUCCUGCCAUGGACCACAAUAAGCUCUGUAAUCCAUUUUGCUAUUUUAUUUGCAGUAUUACAGCAAUGCAGGCAGAAAUACAUCAGUAUUGACGUAAUAUCGCCACUAUUGAUGGAGUAUUUUUGUCUUUUAUCAUAUGUAAUAUGUGGACAUCUGAGGAAUUUUCUAAUUAGCUUAUUUUAUAAGAAAAUGCCAGAUUCUUUCACUCAUACCUGGAAUACUAAUUUUGAGAUUCACACUACAGAUCGUUUACACCUCUAAAAAACUGCCCUUUUUUGUGGUUUGUCACAUUUUUAUUACCAGUUAUUCCCCAAGAACCAACUAGGAAUAAAUAAACCUUUAUUACAUAUUAGACAUUUCAGAUUUGUAAUGGGAAAGUAUUAUUUUAUUAACAAAUAAAUGUGUUGCACUUUUCA